AGACAAAUUGGGUUGCGUUCCAAAUUGUGGGUUUCGUUCAAAUCUACUGUUAAAUGGAGCUGGACCUUCGGCCAUAUUUCUCUCUUUUACUAUAAUUUCCUCAGAAAAAAAUUGUGGGUUUCGUUCAAAUCUACUGUUAGAUGGAAUUGGAACUUCGACCCAGAAAGAGACAAAUUGGAUCUUUCUCUGGCUUCUCAGAAGCUGAGAUUGAGAAAAUGGAGAACUUAAUUAACGAAUCAAGUGAACAAGUUUGUGACCCAGAAUUCUGCAAGAAAGUGGCAAAGACGUUCAUGCGCUCUCAAGGUCGUGCAGGAAAACCGAUUGUUAAAUGGACUGAGGUCCAAACUUGGUUUCAGAACAAGUUGCAAUGCUGUCCUUUGAAGAAUAAUUCAGCUGAGGCCGACAAAAAACUGCCUGACGUCACAGAAAGAUGUGCUUUAGAUAAAGCAAAUGAAAGCUCUCAUACGGCAGAAGGCCAAAAAGUUCUAACGCAAUCAGAAUUAGAAUUUGAGGCGAGGUCUUCAAGAGAUGGGGCAUGGUAUGAUGUUGAUUCGUUUAUCUCUCACCGAUUUCUUAACUCAGGAGAACCUGAGGUUCUUGUGAGAUUUGUGAGCCUUGGAUCGGAGGAGGAUGAAUGGGUAAACAUAAGAAAGGCAGUUCGCGAGCGUUCUGUUACUCUUGAACAUUCAGAGUGUAACAAAGUGAAGGUUGGAGAUCUUGUUUUGUGCUUCCAGGAGGGAAAGAACCAAUCAAAAUAUCUUGAAGCUCAUGUUGUAGAGAUUCAAAAGAGAUUGCAUGACAUAAGGGGCUGCAGAUGUCUCUUUGUGAUUCGAUAUGGUCGUGAUGACACCGAGGAAACAGUUCGUUUGAGGCGAUUGUGUGUUCGACCAAGCAUAUUAGGGCGUCCUUGACGUAGUUUGAACUUUGAAUAUAGUACAUGCCGCCAGCAUAUGCUACUCAAUCAUAGAAUCGAUUCCAGUCAAGGUAAAAAAAGUCUGAUGAUCCCGCCACCCCUGCUCCCGGAUUUUGAUCCUACUGCUCUAUCUAAGAGAUGCAAAAGAAUUUGUGAAUUCCAUCUGGUGAAUUGCUGCCUUAGGGUGUUUGGCUAUUAAAUGGGGAGAACAUCUUGUUUAGCUUAAUAUGACCAUCUAUUGUAAAUAAUUAGCUCUAAAACGACAUGCAAGAAGCAAAAUUUUGAUGAUACUUUAAUGUCAUUAUUUACUGUUUUAGUGGUUGAAA